GCGAGCCACAGAGCGCGUGGUCAUCGCGUCGUGGCGCCAUGCCAAGUGCCGCAAGGUGGUUGCGCGUCGGCCGUGCUUCGCCCACUUGGCCCACGGGGUGGGCAGAUGGGUCACGCGACGCUCGCUCGCCGACGAAGCGCUUGCGCACGAGGCUGCCAGGGCACUGCGCAGCGUCAUACGCAGCAGCAUCGUGACCAAGGCCAUUGCGGUGAAUUGCAAGGGCGACGGUGGCACGUGCCCACACAGUGGGCUGGUUCCUGAAGACCACGAGCAUCGCCUUCGGCUGUGCCCAGCGUGGGAAGGCCCGCGGCGCACCGCCCUUGCGGCAGUUCCACGGUCGGAUACGCUGCUGCGCGACGCCGGGGCCCUGAUGCAGCUGCUGUCAGCUGGCGUCGCGCUGACAGGGGUGCUAGCGAUGCCGCCGAUCCUCGCUGCCCUCGCGGGGCCACUGCGAGCGCAGACCCACAGCGCCCACCCCAG